AUGAAAAAAGUUCGGAAGCGUCCGCCAUUUAGAGUUGGUAAACCUCAUGAAGCAAUGCCAAUGGUCAAAAUAAAAUCAGCCAAAGAAGAAAAGAUGGAAAUAAAAUCGGCAGCAGCGGAUGAUCAAGAUAAGAAAGCAAAACUGGAUGACGAUGAAAAGAUGGAAAUGAAAUCCGCAACAAUGGAUGAUCGAGAUAAGUACGAGCUUAAAGACGAUGAUGAAAAAGAUGAAGUUGAGAUCGGAAUCGAAAAUAAGGAUAUCAACCAAGAAAGUAAGGAAAGCGCAGUAGAAACUCAAACAAAAGCUAGUACUACUGAAUCUGGCAUCAAAGCGACUGUUUGCAGUUCAGAGGAGACUGGUAUUCUGACGGGGACAGAAGAAAUGGUUGGUGCAGGAAAAGGUAGUGAAGAUAGUUCGGGAACCGGAAAUAUGGGUUACAUAGCUAGCAGACGAGGAGCUUGGGAAACUGAAAGUACAGGUGGUGGAGGGGGAAGGGGACAGAAAAAUGCUUAUUUCAUGCCGGGUCAAGGUUUUGAAGCUGGAGGUAGAGGUGGAGCCAUAGCAGCUAAAGCCGGACUGCGGCAGGAGGAGGCGGGGAACGAAGUGCCUAUUUCAUCCCCAGCCAAGGUUUUGGAACGGGAGGCACAACUGGAGCUGGAACUGGCACUGUAA